GCCGCUUGCCGAGGUUGACUGGCUGGCCCAGCCAACCCGCCACAAGUUGUUUUAUCCCUUAAUGUUUUAUGACCACUGUUGACAUUUGAGAAAUCUUACUUUUUUAAAAAAGUCUCCAGUUGUUGACACUAGUUUCCCUCGUUGCCUCCCUCUCUUUUUAAAUGAGUUCCUGAACUUUAAACUUUACUUUUCCAGUAACUCUACCAAAGAGCAACUGCUAGGCAAGCAAAAUUCAACUAACUUUUCCAAGGAAACAAAACAUGGGAAUGCAGAAAUGGACAAUACAGUUGCUCUUGUUUGCCUUCAUUUUUCAUCAGGCAGACCUGACAGUGUUCUUAUCAGCCAGAGAGGCAAAUGAUGUCAUUGCAAGAUCAAAACGUGCGGGUACCAUCAUUCUGGAAGAGAUCCUCCCUGGUAAUCUGGAAAGAGAAUGCCUUGAGGAAAGGUGCUCAUAUGAGGAGGCAAGAGAAGCAUUUGAAGACACCCCCAAGACUGACCAGUUCUGGAGAGGCUAUUAUGAAGGUGUGCAGUGUUCCUCAAGCCCCUGCAUGAACAAUGGAACAUGCAGAGACAACAUUCGCAGUUACAUUUGUGACUGCAAAGAAGGUUUCCAAGGACGCAACUGCAAUUUUGGUAGAAAUGAGUGUCGCCAUGAACUGAAUGAGGGUUGUCAACAUUUCUGCUAUCCAGGCUUGACAUCCUACGAUUGUUCAUGUGCCAAGGGGUACAAACUUGGGGAAAACAAUACAGCAUGCAUUCCCCAAGAUCAUUGUGCCUGUGGCAGACUUGAAGACCAUGUAACAGCACCCCUGAAUGCAUCUGAAAAAGGCCGCGGAGGCUUCCCUUGGCAGGUUCUGCUUUUAAACGCUGAUGGAAAUUUGAUCUGUGGAGGUGUUCUCCUGGAAACCAAUUUUGUGCUGACUACUGCUGAAUGUGGUUGGCUGUCUCCCAGAAUCGCUGUGAUUGGAAACGGCAUGCUGCAAAGUGCUAGACAAGAAAUACUGGUGACUAAAGUAAACUUACACCCCCGCCAUGAUCACAUCACUGCUGAGAACAACCUGGCAUUGCUCAAACUUCAAAAGCAUAUUGACUGCAAUAGCCAUCACUUACCCAUAUGCAUUCCAGAGAGGGACUUUGCAGAGCAUGUGUUGAUGUCAAAACUGACAGGCACUCUCAGUGGCUGGAAAAGGGGUGCAACCCAGUCAACAGAUGCAGUCGUUGAACAGCCAGUUUUCUACCUCAACGAAAAUGAAUGCCAACGAAAACUCAACCGAAGUUUGAUCACAAGGGAAUUCUGUGCCCACACAUGGGGGGCAGCUGAGGAGCCACUUACUGAAGGGAGUUUCAGUGCUGUCAAUUAUAAAGGCACCUGGUUUCUGACUGGCAUCUUAGAGCCCUGGGCAACGGCAGUCAGUCAGUGGAAAACACUGAUAUUCACCAAGACUUCAAGAUACAUGAUGUGGUUUCAACAAAUAAAGAACUUACAAAAAAACUUACCAAAGACAGUGGCAAACGAAUAAGGCGAAUGACCAGGUCUGGCAUUUACAUGCAUUCGAGUACAAGUGGUGGUUGUAAUAUUAGGUAUGCUUACCUGCUAAAAUAAAGUUUUUUGCCCCCA